AUGGCUGGCUUGACGCAUUUCUCGCCUUUCGAGAUCAGUACGGCGCAUCUGACGUAUGUGUUGCUUGGUGCUUAUAUUGCGGUGUUUAUGAUGGUCUCGCUGUUUAUCAAGGAGAAGCUGUAUAUCGGAGAAGCAGUCACAUCGACCAUCUUUGGGAUCAUCAUUGGUCCCUAUGCUGGAGGGCUCGUUGACCCACGCAAGUUCGGCGGCGAGAACGGCAACAACGCCGACGACGAGGAAGUGAAUGAGUUGAUAUUGGAAGUGACUCGUAUAGUACUGGCGCUUGGUGUGUUUGCGAUAGGCGUAGAACUUCCGCGGCGCUACAUUAAACGUCACUGGAAGAGUCUCUUCUUUAUGCUGUGUCCAGUGAUGGCAUUCGGUUGGGUCAUCUCUGCCGCGCUCAUCUACGCACUUAUUCCCGGCCUCGACUACAUUGGCUCACUCACAAUAGCAGCCACUCUCACCCCCACCGAUCCCAUUCUCGCAGCUGCUGUCAUCGGUGGCAAGUUCGCCGACGAGCACAUACCCUCACAUAUCAAGCACGUCGUCGCAUGCGAAAGUGGGUGCAACGACGGCGCUGCAUUCCCCUUUCUCUAUAUCGGCAUCUAUCUCCUCCUUUCCCCGAUGGACACGCCUUAUGCCGUUGAGGAAUGGUUCCUCGUUACGUGGCUGUACGAGGUGGCUCUGGGCAUUUUCCUCGGCUCUCUGAUUGGUUAUUGUGCGCGGAAGCUAAUGAAGCUGUGUGAAGGGCGCAAUCUCAUAGACAGACAGUCGUUUGUCGCGCAGUAUGUCUCGCUCACUCUCCUCUGUAUUGGCAUAGCGCUUAUUUUAGGGUCCGAUGACUUGCUAGCAUCCUUCUGCUGUGGCACUGCUUUUUCCUGGGAUGGCUUUUUCAAUAAGGCCACGGAAGAGAGCAAUUUCUCGUCGAUGAUUGAUCUGCUAUUCAACAGCGUCUGUUUCAUUUUCAUCGGCACGCUUAUGCCGUUUGAUCAGUUCAACGAUAGUACUCUGGGCGGUAUCACCAAUUGGCGACUGGUGAUUGCUGCGCUGUGCAUAUUCAUCAUCAAGCGUAUCCCGCCCUUGCUCGCACUGUAUCGGUGGAUACCGGAUGUAAAGACGUUCCGAGAAGCGCUCUUCAUCGGUUACUUCGGUCCUAUUGGCGUUGGAGCGGUGUUUAUAGGCGCCAUAGCCUCCGUCCAACUCCCUCAUCCAGAGGGCGCACCACAGAACCAGGCUGAGAUGGUCGCCGUGACAAUACAACCGAUUGUCUUCUUCCUGGUGAUCUGCUCAACAUUCGUACACGGCCUUAGUAUUCCUUUCUUCAGCCUGAGCAGACGCGUUGGUACGACACUCGGAAACUCCUCCGCAUCGCUCGACGAGCUGGACAAAGAGACACAGGUGGUGAGCGGUCGCAAUGUGAAUUCUUGGGUCGAGGGAAAUAACGUCGUUACUGAACGUCCUCUCAAUAAUAAUUCGUAUGAAAAUGACAUUGAUGUCCAGGUACAUACAGUAGGUGAUUUAGAAGGCAGUGAUGGUGAUGGUACCCAUAUUAAACACAAUCGCGUCGGUGGUACCGUUGGGCCAGAGUAUGAGGCACUCAAGCGAGCAGAGUAUGAAGCGAAAUUGAAGGAGGAUGUCGAAAGGGCUGCUACGGGUAAGAAGAAGGUUGUCCUCCACGUGCACCACAAGCCUGGCACGCGUGAUUGGAUCAACAGCAAGUUAUUUGGAAGAGCGAAGAGACGUGAAAGCGAGAGCGAGAAUAGCAGCGAGAACGCAAAUGCAGAUAGCGGCAACAGCUCACCUAUGAAACCCUCAGAAAGCAUCGAAUAG